CACUGGCUCAAACUGUACAUUACGGUCGCGUUGUUAUACUGUGAUGAGGUUGGAAAAUGCUUUAGUAUUUCGCUGAACACUUGUCAAAGCUACUUGCUUGCUUAAGUGUUUUGGCACCGAUAUGCUGCAUGACCAAUUUUCUCAGAACGCGACUCAAAAAGAUCGUAUUUCAAUAACCGCGUGGAAGAAAAAGAACUACCAUGAAUCAGAGAAUGCUGGUCAAGUGUAUUGUCAUCACUUCACUUGUCAAGUGUCUGCUCAGCUAUCACCGUGACACUUACGAAUAUCUUCUGACGUAUGACACUACAUGUCUGGACACGGAUACCUGCUACACGGUCUCUAGUCAGGAGACCACCUAUAGCGCCGCCUGGUUGGAUUGUCAUAACAACGGAGGCUUCCUAGCAAUGCCUAAAACACCCAUCGAGAUGCAAUUCAUACGCGAUAAUAUCCUUGGUACGGGAAAUCACGAACCCGUGUGGAUCGGACUGACGGACUUCAGCAAAGAAAUGUUUUUCAAAUGGAACGACCAGGAAGAUCUGUCUACAUCUACGUACUGGAAACUAAAUGAGCCUCAUGACAGCAAGGGGAAUGACGAAGACUGCGUGGAAAUCAAGAAAGACGGACUCAAUAACGCGCGGUGCGAAAAUAUUGCGAACCGACACAUAUGCCAGACCCAUCCACAAGAAUGCUUAGCUGGUUCCCCGUAUAUGUUCGGCGACCGCUGCUAUCGUUUGUAUACCGGCGCCUUCACCAUGAAUGCUGUCACGUGUCCGAAUAAUGGCCUUCUCGCCAUGCCGAAAUCCAAAAUCAUCAGCACCUAUCUGGACAGCAUCAACCUGUAUGACAAUGAUCUAUGGAUUGGACUGAACUAUAUAAGUACACGUGGCUUUGUGUGGGCUGACGGUGAAAACGCAUCGUCAACGGACCUUGCUUAUUUUGACCAAAUGUUCGUUGGAGGUUUACCUUAUACGACGAAUAUCUCGGCGCUCUUUGCCUACUUGACCCCGUCCGGCCGUUGGGACAUCGCGUAUGAAGGGACAGACAUAGCCAUGUCAUUUAUUUGCGAGUACCGUGUGCAAGCAGAUUGUGGCCCGUUGGUCUAUAGCUACGGUACUACCGCUGCCCACGACACCAAGGAAGGCGUCACAUACUCUGUCACAUGUAGGGAGGGUUUCGCGCCCGAAGUUGCAGAGACAAAGUGUAUGUCAAACGGAUCGUGGGUUCCACAACCAAAAUGUCUCAUAGAUUGUGGCCCGUUGGUCUAUAGCUACGGUACUACCGCUGCCAACGACACCAAGGAAGGCGUCACAUACUCUGUCACAUGUGAGGAGGGUUUCGCGCCCGAAGUUGCAGAGACAAAGUGUAUGUCAAACGGAUCGUGGGUUCCACAACCAAAAUGUCUGAUAGAUUGUGGCCCGUUGGUCUAUAGCUACGGUACUACCGCUGCCAACGACACCAAGAAAGGCGUCACAUACUCAGUCACAUGUGAGGAGGGUUUCGCGCCCGAAUUUGCAGAGACAAUGUGUUUGUCAAACGGAUCGUGGGUUCCACAACCAAAAUGUCUGAAAGCCGAUGGUUACUGUCUUGACACGUGCGUAAAUUACACCGUGGAUGACCGUCAACUCGACGCCCUCGUGCAGAAUUUAACCUUGGACAGAGGCAACCUUUCGUCGAUGCGUAGGCGAAUGAGCUCGGCCGAAGACAACAGAUUCCUUUCCAAGUGCAUUGGCCUUUCCGGCGUGGCAAUAAUUUGUAGCUUCUGUGGGGUGUUUGUAUGCUUGGAUCUGACCCGCCUGUUGUGUUCCAAGUCAAGCACCCGGGUAAAACCUGAGGACAAAUCGGGUGUAUCAGGCGUAGCGAUCAUUUGCGGCUUCUGUGGAGCGUUCGUCUGCCCUGACAAGGACCGCCUUUGGUACAAGUCGAGCAAUCGAAUGACGCCAAAGGGUCGAAGUGGCGUUUCCGGCGUAUCGACCAUUUGCGGCUACUGUGGCGCGUUUGUCAAUUUCGAUCAGACCCGUGUCUUGGGUCCCAAGACGAGCACCCGGGUAACGCCGCAUGACCAGAGAGAGUAGUGUGUACCUCCAUACGCCAAUUGCAAGAAUCCGAUGCCUUUUGAUAUCUUGAGCGCGGAUCAUACAUUGGUUUAACUAUUGAUGAUGGACAUUAGACUGAGUGUACAAGCGAAAUAUAGUGAACAACACAAACAUGGUUAUGUAGGCAUGUAUUUGUUAACUAUAUAGACUAUUCUUUCAAUCAAUAUCUGUCAAAUCGUCUGGAGUCCAAGUCAUUUCUUUCGCGAAACUGUGUGCAUUUAUGUAAUAACUAAAAUCAAUUAUCAUCGGUAUAUUUAAAUUUAUAAGAACUUCGAACAUUAUUUAAAAUUGAUUUAUUAUACGAACGAUGUGAAACGUGUAAAAUUUAUUGUACACAAUUUAAGAUACAUAUUUGAUUUAAUUAAAUGGGCCUUUUUUGA